AUGAAUGUUCUCGUCGUUGGUGGAACUGGUAUGAUCGGUGGGCAUGCUGCUCUAUAUUUAUGCUCGAUCGGAUUCAAAGUGACCAUUUCCGGUCGCCAUCAGCCUGAAGUACCAUUACUCUCCAAACUCCCGUUUAUUCGAGGCGAUUACACCAAGGACGAGAUUGCAAUAGAGCAACUGGCCGACUUCGAUGUUGUCAUCUUCGCAGCCGGGAGCGAUAUUCGCCAUGUUCCAGACAAUGAAGACGGAGAUGGACACUUCCUUCGUGUCAAUGGCACCAUUGUUCCCGCCUUUGCCCGGCUGGCGCGCGAUGCUGGCGUGAAGCAGUUCAUCCACUUGGGCAGCUUCUACUACCACGUUGCACCAGAAAAGGUCAAGACCAGCGCUUACGUGCGGUCGCGCAAAAUGGCAGCGGACGGAGUAGUGGCUCUUGCGACACCUGAGUUUUCCGCAUGUAGCUUGGAUGCUCCCUUUGUUGUUGGGACAGUGCCGGGAAUGCAGUCGUCCAUCUUCAUCGCCAUGACUCGGUAUGCUCAAGGCACUCUUGGAAUUCCCCCAUACGCUCCGCCUGGCGGGGCGAGCUUCAUUUCGGCUCAGUCGCUUUCCGAGGCAAUUGCUGGCGCGAUUGAGAACAGUGGCAAGGUAUCGGGCAAGGCACUUGUCUUUGGGGACGAAAAUCUCACCUUUGAGGCCUACUUUGGCAUGUUCUUCCGUGCGCUCGGCCUGAAUACCAAGGUUGUAGCUUCCGGUGAGGACCAUCCACUUCUCCCUGAAGCCACUAGAUAUGCAGGCAAUGUAAUGGCGUCGGUGGAGACUACGCCGGACGUUUACGAUCUUUUGGGAAGAUAUCGACGGGGCGAUAUCUAUAGGGCAAUACAGGAGAUUGUCUCGCAGUAUAAAUAG